AGUUUUUUUUUUUUUUUUUUUAAUAUUCUCUCUCUCUCUCUCUCUCUCCUGCAUGGCCUGAAACAGCAAGCCAAUGCCACCCAUGAAACCCAAGACCCACCACUACAGCGCCGCCGUCAAUGAUUACUCCGGCGACAUCAGCCGUCGACGCCUUCCCCAAAAAGCUCAUUCGGUGUCCCGCCGGGAUAGCUUUGUCGCCGGAAUAUUCACCCGGCGAGGCCUCCUUCGGUACUUCUUGCCUCUUCUGUACGUCUCGGGAUUGAUCAUGUACGUCGCUCCCUUUUCCUUUAUGAUGCACCCGAAUCCUUCACCUGGGUCGGUCUACCGCAGCGCCGAGAUUUUCCAGAAGCUUUGGAAUGAUAUUCGGACUGACAAUUCGUCCGUAAUUGAGUUGUCCUCUGUAUGGAGAUAUAAGAGGAAGCUGAAAGAGCAGAAGCCCUGCCCAAAAACAACUUCUGGACAAAAAUUUGGGCCCUCUAUGCUUGCUCGUUACUUGGUUGUUGAAGCUAAUGGUGGCCUUAAUCAACAACGCUCAUCAAUCUGCAAUGCUGUGGCUGUGGCUGGGCUUUUGAAUGUGACACUGGUCAUCCCUUACUUUGAAUUGCACAGUGUUUGGAGGGAUCCAAGUCAGUUUAGUGAUAUUUAUGAUGAGGGGCAUUUCAUAACCACCCUUGAGGAUUAUGUGAAAGUGUCUCGCAUGCUACCUGAGGAAUUGAUGGAAGUAUAUGAUUUCAACAUCAGCAAUAUACCAAAUUUUCGAGUCCAAGCUUGGGCUACGGCCAAAUAUUACUUGGAAGAAGUGUAUCCUGUCUUAACGAAGCAGCGAGUUAUUCGCAUUGCUCCGUUUGCAAACAGAUUGGCAAUGUAUAUUCCACCUAAUAUUCAAUUCUUGAGAUGCCUAACCAAUUAUGAAGCAUUGAGAUUCUCUCUUCCAAUCUCUACUCUAGCAAACAAAUUAGUCAAUCAAAUGAUUGACAAGAGCUCAAGUACUGGUGGGAAGUAUGUUUCUGUCCAUCUUCGAUUUGAGGAGGACAUGGUGGCCUUCUCAUGCUGUUUGUAUGAUGGAGGAAUGGCUGAGAAAUUUGAAAUGGACUCAAUAAGGGAAAAGGGUUGGGGAGAGAAGUUCAAACGUAAAGCUCAUGUUAUUGCACCUGGUCUCAAUCGGAUCAAUGGAAAGUGCCCUAUGACCCCUUUGGAGGUUGGGAUGAUGUUGAGGGGUAUGGGAUUUGGCAACAACACUCCAAUUUAUUUGGCCUCCGGUAAAAUUUACCAGGCUGAGAGAAAUUUAGCUCCUCUACUGAAGAUGUUUCCGCUUCUGCAGACUAAGGAGUCCCUUGCAGCCCCAGAUGAGCUCGCUCCAUUUGAGGACUAUUCUUCGAGAUUGGCUGCUUUGGACUACAUGGUAUGCUUGUUUAGUGAGGUGUUUGUUACAACUCAAGGCGGAAACUUCCCGCAUUUUCUGAUGGGCCAUCGAAGAUUUCUGUACAAAGGGCAUUCUAAAACUAUCAAGCCAGACAAAAGCCAGCUUGCUGUUUUAUUGCAGGACACGAACAUCAGUUGGAAGGCUUUCAAGGAUAAAAUGGAAGCAAUGCUAGCUGAAAGUGAUCGCAAGGGGGCAAUGGUACCUAGAGUUACAAAAAGCAACAGAAAGAGUUCUAUUUUCUCACACCCUUCGCCAGAAUGCAAGUGUCUUUGGGAAUCAAAGAACUCGACACUAAAAUGGACCCUGAUUUCUCAAAUCCCCAUUCACUGACUCUAUCCAUUUUUAUGAAAGAAGGCUCAUGCGUGAACACGGUUAUUCAUAUGCUUCCAAGUACAGUUUUACUGGAGCUUCUCAGUUGCCUUUGCUUGCUGAUGUGCUCUUUACCAAAAAAUAUGCCAUGCAUGAGCAGAGAGGCAUAGUAAAGUGAUGUGGGUUAUGAAAUUUGACCAUUAAUCGUGGACAUCUCUGCUUCACCUGUCAUUGUUUAGCUAUGAAGAUACUCAUAUCCUUUCGAGGUAUGUACAUUGCUUUCAAGUCUAGAUCCAAAGGAUGUUCAUAUUCUAUGUGAUGAUAGGAAUUGGACAAAUGAGAUAUUGAUGAGUUUGACCUACCGGCAAUGGUAUCUGAACAUUUUUUUUUUGUGUUCCUUGGUAGGGAAAAAUUCAAGUAUAGCAAUUUGUUUUAGCUGAUAUUUAUGUUUUUAAAUUGUGAAGAAAUUAAUGACAUUACAAUUUUUGGGUUA